AUGACAAAAGUCUGUGCGAAGUUGGUGCCAAAAAACCUGACUCCUGACCAAAAGUUCUUGCGUCAACAGGUCUGCUCAGAUUUCCUUGAAAAGUUAAAAGAAGAUCCCGGGCUGAUGAAAAACAUUAUAACUUGCGACAAAACAUGGAUUUUUCAAUACGAUGUUAAACAAAGCGACAAUCGAUGCAUUGGAAGACACCUGAAUUCGCCCAGAAUCAAAAAAGCAAGGAUAUCCAAAUCAAAAUUUAAGGCAAUGUUGAUCGACCAGAUUUACUAUUUAUCAAUUUUGGCAACACUUCGAGAAAGAGUUCGUAAGAAACGGCCCGAGUUGUGGAAGAACAGCUCGUGGAUUUUGCACCAGGACAACGCACCUGCCCAUAACCCGCUAUCUGUGUAG